GUACAGUGAACUUUCAUGGACAUAACAUUUUACGAUAAUCUGCACGCGUAUCAUUAAUUCUAUUAUCGUUAAACGUUACUUGCAUCAAUUUGCGGAUUUAAGUUGUUACAAUUAUUUAUUUACUUCAACCAACCGCGCGUCAGGCACCUUCACUUGUUAUUUAUAGACCGUGACAUCUAAAAAGCGGACAUAAAUACUUCAAAUAUACAUACAUGAAAUAUAUAGCAUAUCAAAAUGUACCCGUGAACGUAAGAGCCUGUUCACGCGCGGUUUGAAAUGUAGUGAAAUUUCGAUGGUUAUCGGAUGUAAAAAUUGAUUGGUUAUGAACGCUGAGAUAGGUGCACUAGUUUUGGAUUUAAGAGGCUGUAAUGAUGUUUAGAGUAUUUGUUUUUUAUGCGAAGAGUUUGGAGUAUUUAUAACCAGGGAAGUUAUUCAAGACUUGCAUCAUGAUUAAAGAUUAUUCAUUGGAGUUAAUAGUUACUUGAGAACGAGGUUAAAAAAUAUAGUGUUAAUUAUAUACAAAAUUAAAAAUGUCGUGAUGUGCUACUCGUGCUGAUAUCAGUCACAAUGGAGGAUACCUGACACUGGAAUUAGACAUGAUAUGAUGUGACAGUGUGUAAUGUUCGAACCUUGGCCAAUGGUGCACUCGAUGACAGCAAAGUUCCUCUGUGUUGUCCUGAUGUGCGCAACAGCUCUGACGUUUCCAGACUAUGAAUUUGAGCUGCACCUUUAUCAACAGAAUGUGCCAUGGUUAAACUGCCCACAAGGUUGGACAAAGUUUGAUGCCAGUUGUUUCAAGGUUAACAAAGACAAAGCUACAUUUUCUGAAGCAUCUACUGUUUGUCGAAGUUUUGGUGGACAUCUUGUACAUAUUGAAAGUCUGAACAAGAACAAGGUCAUUGGAGAAGCAGUACAACAACAUGACCCCUCUGCUACAGAUAUAUGGCUAGGUUUUCAAAGAAAAAAUGGUGUGUUUUUUGGGGAUGAUGGAAGCCAAGGGAAAUUGCAUGAUGGGAUAUGGGAGAUAGGACAACCUACAGAGAAUGACCUUGACCUCUGUGUUUCCAUGACAACAUCGAAAACUUUUGGAAAAUUCCGUUGGAAACUGGAAAAAUGUGAUAAAAUAUUAUUAUUUGUAUGUGAAGUGAAAGCAUGUGUUAGAGAUGAAUUCCGCUGCAUGAAUGGUAAAUGUGUCCCAUCGUCAUGGAGAUGUGACAGACAUCGUGACUGCGAGGAUAAUAGUGAUGAACUAAACUGUGAUGGAGUUUGUGGAGGAGAAGUUGCAGCACCAACUUAUACAUUCCAGUCUCCACAGGUAGAUGGCAAGUACCCUCCCCAUGUCACUUGCCAGUGGAGAAUACAAGGCCCUGUGGGGAAGAAAGUCAAACUAAAGUUUAAUAUAUUUGACCUUGAAGAUGACUAUGACACAUUGACCGUACAAGAUGGACCAACGUCAGAGGAGGAAAUUAUAGCUGUCAACACGGGCAGUGUGAUACCAAGUCCCAUCACAUCUACCACAAACUUUCUGUUAAUUACCUUUACGUCUGAUCACAGUAUCGAGAACACUGGCUUUCAGGCUGUUUGGGAACCAGUGGAUGCUGGAUACAAUAGAAAUCUAGUUGCUGAGGAUAUGCCAAAAUUUAUUACCUCCCCUAGCUAUCCAGACAACUACAUGGGCAACAUUCAGGCUGCAUGGACAAUCAGGGCAGAAGGAGAUAUCAUUGGACUUCAGAUAAUUGAUUUGGAAUUGGGUAAUGGUGAUACACUCAAGAUUUAUGAUGGGAGAGGGCCAGAUGAAGAGUUAAUUGCUCUCUACAAUGGAGGUGAUGAUAUAUUAGAAAUACUCUUCACUACUGGAGAGUAUUCAUAUAUACAGCUCAAUACUGAUCUCAAGGACACAAAGAAGGGUUUCAAUAUUACAUAUCAAAAAGGUUGUGAUAUAAGAGUUCAUGCAGGUUUUGGUAGAAUCAGUUCCCCUGGAUUCACAGCCAGGCACGAGUAUCCACCAAAGCUAUAUUGUACCAUAUCUAAGCUAGAUGCUGGUUCCAAGGAGACAACACUGUUGUUUGAUAAAUUUGAUACGGAACUUAACUACGAUCUAGUUCAAGUUUACAAAGGUAUAGAAAUGUCUGCAGAAUCAUUGCUCAAGAAUGCAAGUGGCCAUCUUGAUCCUUGGUCAGUAUCAGUGGCUAGUGGACAGUUUAUAAUCCACUUUGUAAGUGACCCCAGCUUAUCAGGAUUAGGAUGGACUGUUUCUUUUUCAUUUGAUUGUCAUGACAAUGGUGAAUUACCUGAUAAUCUUAGUGUUUCAUCCAAUCAUACUUCAUAUGGAUCCUCAGUUACGUAUGACUGUGAUACUGGGUACCAGUUGGUUGGUUCCCAGCAAAGAUACUGUGAUAUGGGUGGGCUUUGGGGAUCAGCCAUGCCUACUUGUAAAUAUAUUUAUUGUGGUCCUCCAAGGAUGUUGAAAAAUGGCAAGCUUCAGAACUUAACGAGUCGUUAUUUCAGUGGUGUGGCUUCUUAUAUAUGUAAUCCAGGGUACGAGCUUGUUGGUAAUAGAAGCGUCACAUGUAGCACACAUGGCUGGACUGACUUACCUGUAUGUGAAGACAUUCUCUGUCCAAAGUUACUUCCCCUUGAACAUGGAAGGACAUUCGCACCAUAUUACAACAGUGUAAAUGAAAGGGUUCGUUUUGCAUGUGAUCCUGGUUACCGAUUGGUUGGUUUUACUUCUGCAGAAUGUAUUGCUGUUGGCAGGUGGUCACAUGACCUUCCGAAGUGUGUUCCGGAUAAUGAGACAAUGUGUCCUGAGUUGAAGAUUGUACACGGUUCUGUGUCCAGGCAGGAACCAGUCCAUGUUGGUGGAAAUGUUACUGUGAUUUGUAAUGAUGGCUACCAGUUAUCCUCAGGGUCUGUAGAUAUCAUCACUUGUACAGAAAGUGGAGAAUAUAAUGCUUCCAUCCCUGAAUGUAUAGAUGUGGAUGAGUGUGUUACCAUAGAGAAGAUAUGUGGUACUGAACAUACAUGUGUUAACACAGCUGGUUCCUUCUGGUGCACCUGUGCAACUGGGUACCAGCAUACUGAAGCAUCAGAAUAUUCGUGCGAAGACAUAAAUGAAUGUCGAGAAGAUAAUGGAAGUUGUGAACAUGAUUGUGAAAACACUGCAGGAAGUUAUAUUUGUAUAUGUAGAGACGGGUACCGGCAAUACACAGACAACCUAACAGUGGUGGAUGAUCGCGUGCUGGUACCACAGAAAUCAUGCUAUGUCCUGUGUCCUGCUCUCCAAGUUGAUAAUGCAACAUUGUUCUAUUCAACAACACCAAUACCGGACGGCAGUUAUUUGUACCCGACAUCGGUAUAUAUAAAGUGUCCUAGUAACACAGUCCUCAAUGGUCCGGCAUUCUUACAUUGCCAGGAAGAUGGGAAUUGGGAUGAAAAUGUCACUAUGUGUACAGAGGUCCAGUGUGAUGAAGUUCCAGAGUUAGGAAAUGGUUUGAUAGAAUAUACAGGUGAAAGACAACUUGGAUCUUUUGUAAAGUUUUCAUGUAACCAUGGUUACAUCCUCCAUGGCAGCCAGCACAGAUACUGCCACCUGGUGGAUGAAAGUCCUCAGUGGAGUGGAAAGCAGCCAUCUUGUCAAGCCGUAGACUGUGGCAUGCCUCCUGGAGUACCAAAUGGGAAACAGACAUUCAGAAAAACUACUUACAACAGUGUAGCAGUCUAUCAGUGUAAACCUGGAUACAGACUGGUUGCUGAGCUGGAUGUUAGAACCUGCCUUGCCUCAGGACUUUGGAGUCCAAAUAUAAUUAUGUGUGUUGCUGAGACAUGCUCAACACCAGUGAUGUCAGAGUAUGUUACCAUGGUAACAGAGCCACGAGUGUACUUCAACAGCUCUCUGGUGACUUUCACAUGCAACAAGAAUGGAUAUAAAAUUACUGAUCCAUACCCUUUGACCUGCCAAGUAUCUGCUAGUGAGAAAUAUUUACCAAAUGUCAACCUGCCAAUACAUCAUGUGACCUUGACUGUAACCUUGCAAGUGUCAUCUGCUCAGCACCUGCAGAACUGUUCACUACAUUACAGCCAUAAAGUGUAUGUUUGGCUGGACCAAGAGAAAGUGAAAAACAAACUCAUAGAGAGUUGUCAGUACCUCACACCAAAUGAUAUAAAGAUUCAGGAAGCUGGAGUUAGAAUUGACAGUGAUUCUAAGAAUAUAAGUAUAAACAAGACUCUAGUAGUGUCUUCUGGUAACUUAUCAACACCUAUGAAAGACUCAUGCCUGCGAAGUAUUGGUGAAUGGUUUAAAGGAGAUGGUAAUCAGUUUAAAUUGCAGAGCAGCAAUGAAUGCCCAGAAAUUCCAAAGAACUAUGGGACUAUUUUUGUGCAUGAGCCUGUAUCAUUGUGUUCUGAGGGUGAAAUGGUAACUCUUGAUGGUCUCACUUCCUGUGUACACAAUACAAAAGAUUCAACUUCAGCCUCCUCAACAAGUGAAACUUCUACCGCCACCAAGACUGAACCAGUUACGACAACAGAAUAUCCAUUUUUUGAAUGCACCCCAAGACUUUCAGAGGAAGAAAUUCAACCAGAGCCUAAUCUAGAUUAUUCUAAGGAGCAGAUGAAACUUUGGUGGAAGGAAAAGAUGGACAUUGAAACACCAAAUGAUGUCUGCAUUGAAGGAUAUAAUGAAAGGCUAAAAGAUACUGAAGCAGAAAGAGAGCUGUAUAUCAACAGUCAAAAGGACUGGAAAGAAAAAUGCAAUGGCAUCUACCUUAAAUUCAACUUUACAGUAAAGGCUUUCUCACAAACAAAGCUGGAGUUUAUAUCUGUUGUCUCCAUGGCAACAGUUACUGGACAUACUGUCAGCCUUGGCCAGAUGGGCGUGUGUGCUACCACCCUUCUUAAUUACAAGGACCUUGAACUUGCUGUCUGCCUUCUUAGAAUGACUGAGCUUCAAACUGCAAAACAAAACUCACAAAGUAUUGAAUGUCAGCCAGUUUCUACUCUGGACAUAAAAUUGAAAUCAUACAGUAUGACAAUUGGAUGUAUGGAGGGAUGGACAAAAGGCUUGAGUGGUAUUUGUGAGCAAGUUUUAACUACAAAAGAAAUGAUGACAUCAACUGAAACCACAUCAACAAAACUGGAGACUUCAGCUUCAUCAGAAACAACAACAACAACCACAACAAUGAUGCCCACCCCAGUACAGAAGCUGGAAUGUUAUACUUGCAACAGAAGUUCCACUAACCAUUACUGUAAUACAACAUUUGAGAACUGUUAUAAACAUGAGGAUCCUGUAUGCCAGACAGAAGUGAUUUAUUCAGGAAAACAGGUCAAGAAUAUCUCUAAAAGCUGUCAGUCCAGAGAGGCUUGUAAAAGUAACAUGGAUUCAGCACCGUGUGACUCUUCAUCAAACAAUGCUCGCUGUUACUACUGCUGUAAUGAGUCAAGAUGUAACAAAGAUGUCGAGUUUCUCGACUUUGGCAAAGGCAAUAACGGUAAAGGUCGAAAGAAAAGGGCAGCUGAUGUUAGCAUCGGACAUGCAGCAGAAGAGAGAAGAUGGGAUAUCAAGCAGGAUAAUGAAGAUAAAAGCUUCAGAGCCUCCAGAGAUGUAAAUAGGUAUCAUAGUGGGGAAGUUCGGAAGAAGCGAUCAGUAUUCCAGGAAAUGUCAUCAGGGAAAUGGAAUGGAACUGUACCAAAAUGUAUAGAUGUGGAAAGUCCAGUGUUUGUUGAUUGUCCCAAAACACCAAAGGAAGUGUCUGGUUCAGUGUUACCUAUACCAGUUAUUAUAGAUAUACCUGUUGCUACAGACAACUCUGGUAUUGAACCUGUCAUUACAGUCGAGCCGAACAUUACACAGCCUUACUUUGUGUAUGAGGAUACAAUAAUAACAGUGACUGCUGAAGACAGUAUGGAGAAUUCUGCAACCUGCAAAAUAACUGUUCAUGUAACAGUAGAAACUGGCUGCCCAAAACUUCUAGAGCCGUCAAAUGUUCAGCUGCAGUGUAAACAGCGGGAUGCACUGGAAGUGUGUUCUGCACAAUGCAAAGAUAACUCUGUGUUUGUGGUACAACCUUCGAAUGAAUAUACCUGCAGGGGAAAUGGGACGUGGACACCCUCAGAUUAUAUACCAGACUGUGUCCUUGAAGGUUACAGUGAGUGUCCUAUUUGGAAAUACAAUGUGACCUGGACUCUAGUGACAGACCUGUGUGUUGGUAUCGGAUGUGAUUGUGAGUUUACAUCUGCUUUAGAGGGCGCUCUGAAGAAAGUUCUAGAAAGCAAUGGUGCUAGUGUAUCAGUGGCUGGCGCAUUGUCCAGAAACACUAAUAGCGAGGUGCUAGUUGUUGCCGUGUUCAAUUUAACUGGAAAAAGGCAGUCAUCACAAGAUACCUGUCCAAAUGUGGUAGACCUAGACCUGAAAAUCUUGGAUAACUUGGAGUUGAUUAACAACUGUAACAAGUCUGCUAAACUCACAAAACCUACUCUACACAAAAACACAGUGGACCACAUGUGUCCACCAACACUUGUCAGGUCAGAUGAUGAAAAAGCUGCUGAUCUCUGUUGGCCAUGUCCCCUUGGAAUGGAAGCAAGGAAAGAUGUAUGUUUGCCAUGUGCUGCUGGAAGUUACCGUGACAACAUGAUACAGACUGCUUGUAUGUUGUGCCCUGAAAGCACAUCAACAGAACAUCAGUAUUCCAGGAACCAGUCUGACUGUAAAGACGUUUGUAGUCCAGGUUAUUCCUCAACUUCUGGUUUGGUUCCAUGCUAUUCAUGUCCAAAAAACACAUACCAGUCUGAUGACUCUGCAACCAGCUGUCAGCACUGUCCAGCGGGACAAUGUACCUUAAGUAGUGGGACAAAGUCUUCAGAAGAUUGUAGUGAGAAAAAUUGUGUAGAAGGAAUGUGCUCAAGGUCACCAUGCCAACAUUCUGGGAAAUGUUCUGAAAUGGGGGACUCCUACUAUUGUCAGUGUACAGAAGGUUACACAGGUGACCAGUGUGAGCUACCAGUUGACCCCUGUACAGAUGGCCCUUGUGACUAUGGCAACUGUGUGUAUAACCAGACAGAUGGUAGAUCUAUAUGCUAUUGUUAUGCAGGAUUUACAGGGGACAGUUGCUCACAGAAUAUAGAUGACUGUGCAGGGAUUACAUGUCAAAAUGGAGGUGUAUGUGUUGAUAUGAUAGGCUCAUCUGUUUGCAACUGUACAGACACUGGAUAUUUUGGAGACAACUGUGAAAAGAAGUUAAGUUACUGUAACCAUAGCAACUGUUUAAAUGGCGGGCAGUGUGAAGAACAAGAGAAUGGAUUUACUUGUUUAUGUACAAAAGAUUUUGAAGGGGAAUUUUGUGAACAGAAGAAGACUGGAUGUGACAGUGAAUUAUGUAGCAAUAAUGGAGUAUGUGUAUACAGUAAUGAAACAAAUACUCUUUGUAUCUGUAAUACAAGUUACACUGGUAAUGAUUGUUCAGUAGAGUUGCACUGUGAUGAAAAUCUUUGCAGUAACCAUGGUUACUGUUUUCAGAGCAAUAAUGGAAUUACCUGUCAGUGUCGUCCAGGUUUUACUGGUGAAGUUUGUGAAGAAGAGAUUAUCCAUUAUUGCCAUAGCAACCCAUGUAACCAUAACAACACAUUAGAAUGUGUAGAUGAGGGCAACGAUUAUAGAUGUAUGUGUCAUGUAGGUUGGAAAGGACAAACAUGUGACAAGGAGGUUGAUCAAUGCGAGGCAGAACCAUGUGAUAAUGGGGGCACCUGCAGUAAUCAUGGAAACAGUUUCACAUGUGAUUGUGCACAAGGCUUUGCUGGUGAAACAUGCAAGACUAACCUUGAUGACUGUAUUGAUAAUCCAUGUCUGAAUGGUGGUGUUUGCAUUGAUGGGGACAAUAAGUACACAUGUACCUGUGCUGAUGGUUGGUCUGGGUACAGAUGUUCCGAGGAACUAGAUGCCUGUCAGUCUUCGCCUUGCCUUCAUGGCACUUGUCUAGAUAAAAUGGAUAAUUUUGUUUGCUUGUGUGAGAAUGAAUGGACAGGUAUACAGUGUGAUACACCUGAAGACCCCUGCCUAACUCUGCCUUGCCUUAACAAUGGUGUUUGUUCAUCACAGAAUGGCGUUGCAACCUGCCAAUGUGAACAAGGUUACACUUCUAAAAAUUGUGAGACAGAGGUCAAUCCUUGUGCAUCUGAUCCUUGCUUGAAUGGAGGUAAAUGUACAGCUGCAGGUCUGACCUUCACCUGUCACUGUUUGCCAGGUUACCUUGGUGAUAUAUGUGAUGAAAGUGAGGCUCAGUGCAAUGACACCGUGUGUAAGAAUGGUGGGAAGUGUGUAGAAGCAGGUUCAAAAGUUCUCUGCCAGUGUUUACCAAGAUUUUAUGGACCAAGAUGUCAGAAAGAGAACUCACCAGACUUUGACAUUAUGCUAAGAAAAGAGAAAACAGUUUCCUGCAGUACAGAUUUGGUGUCGGAACAAUUGUCAGCAAUGACUUUAUGCUGCUGGUUUAAAAUUGUGCAAGCUAAUCAGAUUAUAUUGCACAUCAAGAUCACAGGUCAUUAA